AUAUCGAUACAUUGCAUUCAUCGAAUUACUCAAGACAAACAAAAAUAAUUUAUCUUAUUUGUUACAAGUGUGUGCUGUUGCUGGUAAACAACGUUCGCUUCAAGUGUAAAUUGCAUUUCAUUGGGAGACUAACAAAGCGAUACGCGUAGAAGUCCAGUGUCGCUCUUUAUUGUACAAUUUCUUUGUGGACCAACUGCAAAUCAAUGCAGCACUUCUGACUGACUUUCAACAAAAGGAAACAACAACAAUAAUAUAACGUCAAAAUCAACAGCCAUCGCAUCAUCACAACACAUAGCAACGUCAUAAUAAUAAAUACUCUGCCAUGCCAUACAACUGAUUGACAUUAGCCAAUAAAUAAGAUGCGAGGAAUUGAGGGCAAAGUGGUUGUGCUUGGCUCGCGAGGCGUGGGCAAAUCUCGUUUGGUUAUCAGGUACAUUAAGAACGCUCUACAUCGCGCCGAGGAGCCAACGAUAGCCGUCUCCUUCUUCACCUGCAACAUCAUCUUGGACGAUGUCAAAAUCAAAUUACAAAUCUGGGAUACGGCUGGACAAGAGCGUUUCAGAGCCGUUGCUCCCAUGUAUUAUCGCAAUGCAAAUGCUGCCAUUUUGGUCUUUGAUCUGACGCAAUACAAGACAUUUACGGAAAUCAAAUCAUGGAUACAGGAAUUGCAUCGCAACGUACAGGAUCCGAUGAUACUCACGCUGGUGGGCAACAAAAUGGACAUGCAGUCCCAUCGCGCCGUAUCACGUGACGAGGCCUUUGUGUUUGCCAGCUCAAUUGGAGCCACCUAUUUUGAGACCUCAACCGAAACGGAUCAGGGCCUCGAACAGGUGUUCUUAUCCACGGCGAUGGGGCUGGUGCGUUUGGCCGACGAGGGUAAAACGCAUUCGUUGCGCUCCUUUCAAUCCACCGAUUCGCUGGCCUACACCAAUGGCAACACUGCCUUCAGCUAUACGGCCGCCGCUCUCGCUCGCAAUCCGGAUAGUGCUGCAUUUCGAUUGCCAUACGUGCACAUUGGCAUACCGGUUGAUGGCCAGGAUGUGAAGACAACCGGCGAGGGCCGUUUGGAGACGCCCUCGUGGAGUAUUGAGCACAUUGCCCUCGGCGAGGUGGAGAAUCCGCGUUGGUGCUGCUAUUGAAAUGAUUCAGAGUACGAAAUUCACAAACCAAAAACCAAAUUGAAGCAACUGAUUAAUUGAUAAACUGACGAAACUUUUCUACAGCAUUGUGAUGUUAAUUAAAAACAGGUUUACUUUAGUUAUGCGCCUGCACUCGAAUACGAAUCCCACGGCUAAGCAAUUAAAUACAAAUUCCCUACUUCCCGUUUCCCGUUCCCGUUCCCGUUCCCAUUCACAUUUAUAUAAAUAUAUGUAUGUAUAUCAAAGCAAAAACUGAUAGGGUAUCGAGAGCAGCGAGCAACUAGAGUCGGCGUCAUCAACUUGAUGAGGAUAUCCCACCCAAUUUUAUGGCAGCAUUAAGGAGAACGCCGCUCGGUUGCAACUGUUUAAUUCUAAGUUAGUUUUAAGCCUAAUUGUUAAGUGUAACAACAACCAGCAAAUGCCUAAUUGUAUGUGUAUUAUUUAUAAACAACAUUAACAAGCAGUAGCGUCGCUUAAAGCUCA